UGCCGUCGCUUGCCCAACUGAUUUUAUUAUCGGGGAGUUUGUAAUGCUUCCAUUGCUUUGUAAUUUGUUGUUGUAGCUAGCUUGGCAAUUCUGUGUCGACCACAGUGCGCCGAAGCACGGAGUUUUAUGUAUGCAUUUAUUUAUUUAUUUAUUUAUUUAUUGCCUUUGUGUGUGAUGCAAACCUAGAAAAAAAAAGAGAGAAAGGUUUUAAAAUGAAUGUAUUGGUCAUGACAGCAGUUUGCAAUACACUCACUGCAGGGCAUCAACGUGUUGUGCUCUGCAGGAUCAGCUGGACUCAUUUUGCUGGCUAAACAAAUCAAUUUAUGAAACGACAAACAUGGAUGUAAAGACAAAUUGUGCCCAAGUUAGUGGAUUCUACAGUAGUUCUGAAGAAGAGGUGACACAUAAGAGAGAUGAAGAGAUGUCUGUUGUUGCUGCUGCUGCUUGGAACCAGUGUGAGGCGAUGCCUGCUAGUGUCCACCAGAGGGCACGCCAGCACUAAAUCCCAUGUAUUCUACGCAGUGGAAAUGGAGGGAGACAGCCGUGCAGCAAGAGCCUUGGCCAAACGACACGGAUUGCAGUUCAUUUCAAAGAUGGGAAACAUGGAAGGCCAUUACACAUUUAAAGACACUGUGGCUACAAGAAGCAGACAGAUGGUAGAAAGUAGACUUUCUAUGGUGCCAGAGGUAAAGUGGGUGAAACACCAGAGAGCCCAUUAUAGAGACAAGCGAGCAACAAUCUCAAGGCCAGAUGACAGGACUCGUCAUGAGCUAGCACAGAGGCAAGACGUGAUCCCCAGAGAGAUCUACAACGUCAUUAACUCUGAAGAAGGACUCAAGGACCCAUUGCUGUUUAAUGACCCAUACUGGCCCAUGCAGUGGGAGCUGUACAAUCAAGGACAAUUUGGAAGCCCUAAAAGAUUUGACCUCAACAUCAUGCCUGUCUGGAAGAGAAAUAUCACAGGGAAAGGAGUCGUGGUCACCAUUAUCGAUGAUGGGGUGGAUCAUACCAACACAGACCUGGAGACGAAUUUUGAAUACUAUGCCAGCUUUGAUCUGCGUGGUUCGCACGGCUUAUCCCAUGAUCCUAUGCCACCAAAUAAUCAAAGGAAUGGACAUGGAACCAGGUGUGCUGGAGAAAUUGCAAUGGAAGCAAACAAUUCGUUUUGUGGUGUGGGUAUUGCCUUCCACUCCAAAAUUGGUGGAAUCCGUUUGUUGGACGGUCCUGUGACUGAUUCAAUGGAAGCUACAGCUCUCACUUACAACAAUCACUUCAUUGAUAUUUACACCUGCUGCUGGGGACCUAAGGACAAUGGAAAGAAGAUGGCUGGUCCUGGAAAACUCACUGCCAAAGCACUGCGAAUGGGCUCAGAGAAGGGUCGGAAGGGAAAAGGCAGCAUCUUUGUCUGGGCUUCUGGCAAUGGAGGGAUGGUGAAUGAUCACUGUGGAGCAGAUGGGUAUGUCAGUAGUAUCUAUACUAUUGCUAUUGGAGCCAUUACCCAUUAUGGUCUCCCGGCCUUCUUCGGGGAGCCUUGCCCAGCAGUCAUGGCUGUCACGCUCACUGGAGCUAUCUAUGGAGGUGGAGAACCUCUUCCCUUGGUGACUGCCACUAAUGUAGAUGAGGGCUGUGUUACACACUUCACAGGGACGUCCAGUGCCGCGCCCAUGGCCUCCGGAAUUCUUGCCCUAGUUCUGGAAGCAAACCCAGAACUAACCUGGAGAGAUGUACAGCACCUCAUUGCCAAAACAGCCAAGAUCCCCAAUCCAAUGGAGCCGGGCUGGUGGAUCAAUGGAGGUGGCUAUCACAUCCAUGACAGGUAUGGAUUUGGCCUACUAGACGCUGGUCUGCUGGUACAGCAGGCUGUUGGGUGGAAAACUGUAAGACCACAAAGAAUCUGUUCAGAGGAAGUGAUUCUUAACCCUGCAAGAAUCCUUUCUCCCGGUGGAAGUGUGGAGGUACACGUCCAUACUGAAGCAUGUAGGGGGGGAAAAAACGCAAUCAAUGUUUUGGAACACGUUCAGCCAGUUGUUAGCAUUACCAGCGUCUGCAGAGGUGACCUCAGCAUUGACCUGCUCUCUCCCUUUGGAACAAAGUCACGGCUUCUCGGGACUCGCCACAAUGACUAUUCUGGGGCCGGCCUGAAGAAUUGGACCUUGAUGUCUGUCCACUCCUGGGGGGAAGACCCUCGAGGCAUGUGGAGCAUGAAGGUGACAGACAAUGUAAACACAGUCUUCAAAUGCUUUCGAAGUGACUUUGAACAGGCUGCCGGGACAGUUCUUAGGGUUAAAAUGAUAUUUUAUGGAACCUUCGAUCCCAAAAAGAAAUGUCACGAUAAUCAGCAUAGAAGCCUGGUUUCCAUGGGCGAAAGAUAUACAAUUAAUCUGGACAGCAAAGAGCUAAAAAGUGAUCUGUCACAGAAAGCGAUCAUUCAGGAAGAAUUUGAAAUUGAGAAUUCCAAUAAGAUUAAUGCUAAUGAUAUACCAUCUCCACACAAGAAAAAGAAUUUAAUGACUCAAAAUAAUUCUAAAUCGGUCAAAUCUUUUAAACCCAAGGAAAUGGAUGACACAGAUGGCUCUAACUUUGCACCCCACCUGAAACUGCUGUGGAAUACUCUGAGGAAUAACAUCAACUGGGUUCAGUAUAAAUCCAAGACAAGAGAACAUUCUCCUCAGUUAAAACAAAAGAAAGAGCUCCAGCUGCCUGCUGGGCCGGACGGCCCCCCACUCUCCUUCAAUGUCAGGGGGAACCUGGGGGACAUGGUGCGGACCGAGCAGGCCAGUCGACAGGAGCUCAUCAGAGCUCUCAGCACAGACCUCCGGAAGAUGCACAUGGUCAGAGAAAUGAGCAAAGCUUACAAGAAGCUGCUGGAGUACGAGAAGGAGUAGUGAGAUGACAGUGGCUCAAGGAACACUUGAAAGGGAUUCGCAUAGUUGUUCCUCGUGGUUUAGUAAUUAUAGUAAACAAUAAAUCAAGACUUGUACCACAUUGCCUUUUUUUGUCUUUGACUUUCUGUGGUUGAAAUGAAAUUGGAUCAGAGGCCAAUGCUUGGUGCAGCUAAGCUUCUAUUACUUACAAGGUGUUAUGAAUUUGCUGGGCCAUUUUGACUUCCUAACAGAAUUGAACUAUGUCAUCCAUCAGAAACGGUGUGGAAGAGUAGUCAAUGGUCAUGGCAGGAGAGUAGCAGAAAUAUCAAAUGCGGGACUCGCUCACUCAGGAAACUCACACACCAGGGGGAACACUUUCAUUUGAAAUAAUAAAUAAAAACAAAAGUUGUGACCCUUGCAACAUCCACCCCAGUACAUCACUGACAUCACUGAUACCUGCUGUCCUAGAAGCCCAGGUUGAACUGACUCUGGCAAUAAAUACAUGUGGACUGGUUAAAAUGGCAAUACAUUUACCAAUUUAGCCUGGCCAUAUAUUUUCAUUGAUAUUUGUUUUUUAAAUACAAUACU